AGCGGCGGCGGUGUGGGUUGUGGUCGCGGGAAGUGAAUGGUUUUACCCAGAGGGCCCUGCGCCGCCUUUCUCCGCUGGCACCGGCGCUGCUCCCUGCUCCUCCUCCCCGGCCAUGGCGUUCACGUUCGCGGCCUUCUGCUACAUGCUGGCGCUGCUGCUCACCGCCGCACUCAUUUUCUUCGCCAUUUGGCAUAUUAUAGCAUUUGAUGAGCUGAAGACUGAUUACAAGAAUCCUAUAGACCAGUGUAAUACCCUGAAUCCUACAGUUGAAAAGGUCAAAAAGAUUAAAAGAGUCAAAAUUGCAUUAAAGCUUGUCCUUCCAGAGUACCUCAUCCAUGCUUUCUUCUGUGUCAUGUUUCUUUGUGCAGCAGAGUGGCUUACACUGGGUCUCAAUAUGCCCCUCUUGGCAUAUCAUAUUUGGAGGUAUAUGAGUAGACCAGUGAUGAGUGGACCAGGACUCUAUGACCCUACAACCAUCAUGAAUGCAGAUAUUCUAGCAUAUUGUCAGAAAGAAGGAUGGUGCAAAUUAGCUUUUUAUCUUCUAGCAUUUUUUUACUACCUAUAUGGCAUGAUCUAUGUUUUGGUGAGCUCUUAGAACAACACUCAGAAGAACUGGUCCAGUUAAGUGCAUGCAAAAAGCCACCAAACGAAGGGAUUCUAUCCAGCAAGAUCCUGUUUCCAAGAGUAGCCUAUGGAAUCUGAUCAGUUACUUUAAAAAAUGACUCCUUAUUUUUUAAAUGUUUCCACAUUUUUUGCUUGUGGAAAGACUGUUUUCAUAUGUUAUACUCGGAUAAAGAAUUUAAAUGGAAUUACGUAUAAAUUAAUAUAAAAUGAUACCUCUGGUGUUGACAGGUUUGAACUUGCACUCCUUAAGGAACAGCCAUAAUCCCUUGAAUGACUGCAUUAAUUAUUGACUAUCCUUAGUCCAUUGGAAGCUUUUGUUUAUAGAAGUUGUAGGGCUCAUUUUGGUUUUAUUGAAAUGCCAUUUAAUUAUAAAUUAGCUGUAGAUAUCAGGUGCUUCUGAUGAAUUGAAAAUAUAUAUCUGACCUGUGGAAACUUCAUGGGUUUCCUCAUCUAUCAUGUAGGUGAUUAUAUAUGGAUGCAUUAAAAAAAUGAGUGGGAUUUUUUUCCCUUUGACUUGAAAUAUUAUCCCUGUAUAUUGCAUGAAUGAGAGAUUUCCCAUAUUUCCACCAGAGUAAUAUACUUGCUUUAAUUCUUAAGCAUAAGUGAACAUGAUACAAAAAUAUAUGCUGACUUACUUGUGAAGAAUGCAUUUAAAGCUAUUUUAAAUGUGUUUUAAUUUGUGAGAAAUUACUUAUUAAGAAAUUGGUUAUUAUACUUAGUGCUCUAAUCUGGUGGUAAAGAUAUUCUUAAGAGUUUGCAAGUACUUUAGAUUUUCAAAACUGAAUGAGAGAGAACAUUGUAUAACCGUCCUGCUGUUCCUUUAGUGCAAUACAAUAAAACUCUGAAAUUAAGACUUAUUUUCAGUGCAUUGUUUUAAAGAUUACAAAUAGCUAUUCUUAAACUUGCUUAUUCCAAAUAAAGACAUAUCACUGUCAAUUUUUUAAAAAGAUAGUAGAGUAUUACAUUGUUUUUUUAAUACCAUGCUUGGAUCUAAAAAGGAAGAUUUUUAAAUGGUUAAGCACAUUACCUUCUUUUGUCACUUGACAAGAUUCAUAAACACUGAUGGCACAGCAUCAUCAUUUUUCUUACCAAUUAAAAACAAUUAUUGUGAAACUUAAAAUGUUUAAAAUAUUUUUUUCCUUUUUGAAACAGCAUAUUUUAAGGUAAAAUGACUUAUAAGUUUGGUUUUUUUGCUGCUGCUUGUAAGGCAGGUAAAAUAAUUAUGGCUUGCAUGUUUCCGUAAGCAUUCUUGUGCUUUAUUUGGGAUGAGGAAGUUAAGGCAAUUGAAAAUAGUCUUAAGUGGUUCAAAGUUUCUUCAAGGAUCAAAGAAAGAAAACCAUAGGCAGAAAUUCCACAUUAAUGAUCAAGGGAGUUUAUGGAUGUGUUUGUGGAAGUCUUACUCUAAGUACCCCUUGAAUUAGAUGCUGUACUGUUUUAUUCUCUACUAGUGAAAAAAAUGCCUCUCCACCUUUGGGAGAGUGGCUGUUACUGUUUUGAGAUUGGGUAAUGAGGGUGAGUAUGUUGAAGAAGAGGAUGUAGAACCAGAAGAGUGAGGAGAGUCCAACCAUUUCAUAAUGAGAGACGCUUUAAAGACCUUGUCUUUUGUAGUCUGGAGCACGCUUCGAGGGAUCAUCAGUUCAUGUGGUAAAUUGUUUACUGAGCCCUUACCAGGCACUGAAGACUCAUGAUCUGAGUAUAAGCAAUAAUUCAGUUUCUAAUCCACCCAGUUGUACCAGCUUGCACUCAUUUUUCUUUCUUGUUCACGAGAACUUUUGAUCAUGAGAGACUUGGCCAAGUCUUCUGUACUUCACAUAGGUUUCCUGGGGCAGUUACUUUUGUAUUCCUGUCAAAGCAUUUUCAUGAGCCCUUGCUGUCUCUCAGCAAACACCACUUUCCUUUAUAAAUGAACAUACCUUUAAUAAUGUAUUCCACAAUACUCUCCAGGAUUAAUGCAAGGUUUACUGGUUGUAAUUUGUGAAAGCCACCUUCUCAUGCUUCAAAAAUUAGAUAUGUAGUCCUUAGCUGAUUCCUCAAAGAUGACUGACAGUUGAGGUUCACCCAUCUCAGUGGUAGAUUGUUAGUUCCUAGGCAUGUGAUUUGGUACCUGGAUGCUCUCAUAAUAUCUACUCAUCUUUACCUUUUCCAGUGUUUUAUGAAAUUAAGUCACUUAUCAAGAGAAAGCAGAAAUAUAAUAUUUGCAUUUGACAGUGUCCCACUUGUUCUUUCCCUUGCUCUGAGUUUGCUUUGUUCCCCCCAUUAAUCUGGUUUGGGUGGCCCUAGCCAUAUUUCUGUUUUUCCUGCAUGCCCAGCUGAAACGUAGUUAGCCUGGCUUUGUAAUCCUUUCCAGCUUUAGUCAGACUGCACCCUGUGUAGCCACAGCUGUUUAUUUAGGAAUUCUUUUUUCCCUUGUUACAAUUACUUUUGCUAUUGUGUGAUUUAUCUUUAAGAGCGUUCCAACUCUCUGAAACCAUUAGUGUAACACACUGUGGUUUUUAUCUGUAUCAGCAACUCCUUGCUGUUGGUACAGAUUCUCCUGCAUUAAAAAUCUUACGUAACAAAUGUAGUCUGUUUAGCAGUUAUUCUGCUUGGUAACAAUACUAUAUCAUGCCAACAUGUCCUAUUAGUGGUAAGGAGGUAUGGGGUAGAAACUUAACUUGAAUGCCUGAAUCUGAAUUUUAUUAAUAAUGUUUGAUGAUUUUCACAGUAUUUAACUGAUAGUACCCACUCCCUAUCCCAGGAUAGAGGAGAGUUGGGUCACAGGCUGUACAUAAACUGCUAAUUUGUUUGAAGUUUGAAUUACUUUUCAUGGGAAGGGGGUAGUGAUAGGAAAUGACCAGAUGAUCCACUUUUGAGACAUACCAGGUAUUACUGAAGCAUUUGAGAAGCCUCAUGGAUUACACCAUGAAUUGCGAGACCUACCAGUCAAGUUUAGAUACCUAGGUAAUGGUCUUACACAAAGCAGCAGAGUGCAUGGCAGUUUGUAGUAUGUGUCUUUUAAAGCCUGUUCAGUAUUUUCCAGCUUGAGGACCACUUAUGUUAAUAGCUCUCUUCUUCUCUGCAGAUCAACAACAUAUUUUGAAAAUAUUUCAGAUAAUUGCAUAGAAAGGAAAUGAGAUAUAGAUACACUUUGAAACUAGCAAAUUAUUUUCCUUGAUACAACACUUCUCUUUUCCUCCAAUUAUAUAUAUUUAUGAACAGUGUUCAUGGAAUAUUAUUGCCAUAGUACUAAGAAUGACUUCUGUGGAUUUCUUCUUACACCCUGGAGGAGGGGGGGCUUUCAUUUCGGGUAUGGCUAUAGCAUAGCAGCAUCAAGCCCAUUAAAAUAAUCUAUUUAAAAGUUUUCAUCUAAGUUACUUAUUUAAAAUGUGCAUCUCUCAAUAAUCAGUUGUACAGUAUAAUUGGAAAUCAGAAGUUCUGACAGCCGAAAUAUUUUAAAACAACACUCUUUUCAAAGGGGAAAGAUAGUAAUGUCGAAUAAUUUAACCUCUUUUGUUCAAACCAGUCAUUGGUCAGACCAGCAGCUAAUGAGUCUCUGGCACUAGUGUUAUAGCUUAGCAGAUGGUUCUGAACUAAUACUCUGGGGCGAUGCUAAGAGAGAAGAUGGGGUUCUGUUUCCGGAUGUGUUGAAUAGCUUUCUUAGAACAAUUUUACUUUGAUUAAAAUUAAUGGUUUUAAAGCUAAAUGUCUAAAAGGAGUAAACAACUCUGCUGCUUGUUCUGCUUGUUUUUGGAAAAUAGUAUUAACCACCUAAGGUGAUCUGGGGGAUUGGAGUGAAGGUUUUACCCUACUUUAGUUUCAUUGAUGCACAUUGUGGAAGAUGUAGAGAACAUCUUGACAUGGAAAAGAAUGAAUAAGUUAACGUUCAUUGUACAGUGCUUUCCUAAAUUUCUUUGGUUAUCAUGUUCUUAUAUUCUGGAGAAGAAAAAUGUCUUAAAUAAUAAAUUGAUGACUAGGUAGAUCUUAAAACUACUAAGGGAAACAGAAUAUAGUUAGCCAUCUGUGCUCAUGGUUUGUUAGAUUUGAAAUCUAAGUUAACCUUAAUGGUGCUGUCCACCACCCAAAGACCUGUACACCAUGUACAGCCCUUAUGUCAUCCUGCCUUCUUAGAGCUUGCUUGCUUGAUUUUGCUUUUGUAUAUUUAAUAAAAACUGUCUCAAAUGUUUCCUUGUGUAGUUUGUGGAUAACAGUUGAGUUUGUGUUGAUUCUAUUUCAGCAACUAACUGGCUUGUGUAUGACCAGGAUUUUAGCUGGUCUCUCUGUCUCCCCUCCCCCAUUGUUUUGAGGGCUGUCCUGCAGAUUAACCAGAGAAAAUGCUUUUCCAAGAAUGUUGGAAUUACAUGUUAUUAAACUUAAUUGGAUAAUUAUAUUUGAGUAGUGACAUCCCAUGUUUCUUUGUUAUGGAAUAAUUGAUGUUUUUCCUUAUACCUAGUAUUAAAAUAGUUUAGUCAAGCAUUUUAAAUGCGGAACGUUUAACAAGCACUUGCAGUGGAAAUUGAGAUGCGUGCACUUUGAAAAUUCAGUUGAUUAUUAAAGGAUUUGAUUAGUCCAUGCCAAUACUUAUCUUCCAUUUUCUUAAGUAUUCAUGAGUAAGCUAUAUGUUUAUAUUGGGAGAAAGCUAAUAUAAGAUUUGGUAAUGUCAAUUUCAAUGUUUAAAGUUUAAUGGAAUAUUGUGAUUUUUAAACUGUAUUUGGUUAUAAUACCAAAAUCAUGAGGAAGGUCAGUCUAUUAUUACAGCCUGUACUUUAAAAAAAAUAAAUAACUUUCUAGCUAUAACUUUUGGCAUUUAUUACCUUGGGUAAGAAAUCCCUAGGGAUAUGCAAUUCUCCCACCUUCCUUCAUAGUCUUAUAAAACCUUAAGUUCUAGAAACACUGUGUAUAUAAAAGUAUUAAAACAUUGAUUUUAUAUUAUGGUA